AUGAUAUCUUCUAGCAAAAAUCUGUCCUUAUCCUCCUCAAGGGCUCUGCCUUCUGCUUCAGUCUUUACUAAUCCACUCGCCAUCUCCACCCUCACGCGCCGCCCUUCACCCACCGCUUUCCACCACCACCACCGUCGUCAUAGUCGUUGUUUCCCUACUUCAAGCUCCUCUUCCCCUCAACCCGCAACUCCUCAUUCAACCGGUGAAAAUGUUUUGUCAUCUAAAACUCAUCAGCCCCCAAAUCACUUAGUGGAAUCGUCAAGACCCACUGAUCCAGGCAGCUUAAACUAUGCCUUAGCCAAUCCUAAUGGUAAAUCGUUACUCGGUCUUGCUAGUUCAACGGAGUCCUACAUUGAAAAGACAAUUUUUGACUUCCGUUUCUUGGCUCUUUUCGCCGUUGGAGCUUACAAGGUCUAUUGGACAAGCUGUGUUAAAGGGAUUCACACUGGGAAUAUGGUCCUACGGUUGGUUGAAGCUAUUGAUGUUUAUCUUGCUGGGACUGUGAUGUUAAUCUUCGUAUGGGAUUGUAUGGAUUAUUUCAGUAACUUGAACCCAGAAUUGCCAGCCGACGUCGAUCGUGCCCUUAAAGGCUCAUCCUUGCUGGGAAUGUUCGCCAUGAAGGAGAGGCCAAAAUGGAUGAAAAUAAGUUCACUGGAUGAACUGAAGACGAAGGUGGGGCAUGUGAUAGUGAUGAUUCUUUUAGUGAAGAUGUUUGAAAGAAGCAAAAUGGUGUCAAUCAACACUGGCAUGGAUCUGCUUACUUAUUCUGUUUGUAUCUUCCUCCUUCUGCUUCUCUCUACAUCCUUCAUCAUCUUCACAAGUCGGUGUAGUAGGUGUAGUGUAGAUUCCCUAUUUUACGCGUUUGUAAUUGUCUAAAAAGGUUCAAUAUCA